AUGUCUAUCAAAAAAUUAGAACUAUUUAAUGUUCAGCAGCGUGCCAUCCCAUGGAUUGUCUUCAUUCUUUCUUUGAUCAGGGCAUCUCAAGGUGGUGCACGAGACUUAGCAAAUGUGGCGAAUGCAUAUGGUGAGAAUAGCAGAGUAGAUGGUGGAAAUGAUUAUGUGUGGAGUACACAUCAUAACACACCAAUAAUGGGUAACAUAGUGCGUAUGAAAGAAUUCAAGAAUAAACAUAACAAUAUGGUAGAAGAUGAAGCAAAAUAUAAUAAGAUAUAUCACGCAUUGUUAUCUUUUGGAGAUGCUUUUAGAGAUUACAACUCUAAUGAAGUAGAACAAAUGCUUGGAAAAUCACAAAAUAACGAAUCACUAAGAUUGUACUUCAUCGGCCUAAGAAAUGAACUGUCGAAACUUUCAAGAACAUUCCGCAAGUCGCAUAUUUUAGUGUUAAAACAAGCAAUUCGAAAAGAAAAGAAACACGAAAUAGCACGAUUUAACACGGAAUGCGAGAAAAUUA